CCAGUCGAGCUGCGAAGCUCAAGCCAGACGGUUGCCAAUCGGAGUUUUUUUUCCCAUGCGCCUGCGCACACGCCCCAGCGAUCGAGUGCCUCGAGACACCUGUGCUGCCCAUUGUGACACCUGUGCCAUCAGUGCCAAGCUCUCUGCCCUUUCCUGCCUUUGCCACAGACUGAUCCCAAGGAUACCACCGAUUAGAUUCGAGUGCCAAAAGCCCGACACGUAACCGACGACUAGUGUGACGAAAGCACGGGAGAGAGCAAAAGAUAGUGGUGACGACGUAACCGUUACGCUUAAGUGCAGGCCACAGUUGCAUUUGCCAAUUUGCCCCAUUUUGUGUGUCCGACUGAGCGUGAGUCAGAGUGAGUGUGGAGUGAGUGUCGCGGUGAGUGCCGGAGUGAGGUGUGAAUAUUCGCGAUGCGUCCCACCGUCAGCGGCCGGGGUCGCCUUCUAAUGGCCCUGCUGCUGCACUGCCUCGUGACUUUGGAAGUUUGCGGCAGAGCGGGAGCCUUUACGCUCCUCUCGCCUUUCAGCUAUACGUCCUUGAGCUUCAAAAAUCUUCUCAAUUCGGUUUUGCUGUCAAGCAAUGCCAACUUGGCCGGUGUGGGGCGUAAUCUCAAGUCGGACGUCCUCGAAGAUGCCUCCCUCAUCACGCCCAAAUUAAUACGCAAAUAUGGAUAUCCAUCGGAGACCCACACGGUGGUGACAAAGGAUGGCUACAUCCUGGAAAUGCAUCGCAUUCCGAAAAAGGGUGCUCAGCCUGUACUACUAAUGCACGGCAUUCUGGACACGUCGGCCACCUGGGUGCUGAUGGGUCCCAAGUCCGGAUUGGGGUAUAUGCUCUCCGACCUGGGCUACGACGUGUGGAUGGGCAACUCCCGGGGCAACCGCUACUCAAAGAACCACACCAGCCUGAACAGCGACUACCAGGAAUUCUGGGACUUUACCUUCCACGAGAUGGGCAAAUACGACCUGCCGGCCAACAUCGACUACAUCCUGAGCAAGACGGGCUACGAGCAGCUCCACUACAUCGGCCACUCGCAGGGCACGGCCAUCUUCUGGGUACUGUGCUCCGAGCAACCCGCCUACACCCAGAAGAUCACCUCGAUGCACGCCCUGGCCCCCAUUGCCUACAUCCACGACAUGAAGAGUCCCCUUUUCCGCACCCUGGUGCUCUUCCUCGACUUUCUGACGGCCGCCACACGAAUGCUGCGCAUUACGGAAUUCAUGCCCAACACAAAAUUCCUAGUGGACCACAGCCAGGUUGUGUGCCACGACAACGCCAUGACGCAGGACGUGUGCUCGAAUAUCCUGUUUUUGGUAGCAGGCUACAACUCCGAACAGUUGAACAAAACUAUGCUACCUGUAAUGCUGAGCCACACCCCCUCAGGCGCCUCUAUCAAGCAACUGGAACACUUUGGCCAGCUAAUGAAGUCCGGGCACUUCCGCAAGUUUGACCGGGGCUAUCUGCGCAACCAGCUGGAGUACAACCGGAUGACUCCACCGGACUACGACCUAUCUCGGGUGAAGGUACCAGUAGCGCUUUACUAUUCAGUGAAUGAUCUGCUGGUGUCCACCACCGGAGUGGAUCGUCUGGCCAGGGAGCUGCCUAACGUGAUUGACAAGUAUCUGGUGCCCAUGGAGCGCUUUAAUCACCUGGACUUCCUGUGGGCCAUUGACGUGAAGCCGCUGGUCUACAACAGGCUGGUGCGUAAUGUGCGCCGGGUGGAGAACCAUCGGGCCAAGCUGACUGCCAAUCUGGCCAACUAUCUGGCCAUGCAGCUCCAACGUCAGCAGCUCCGCCAACAGAUGCAGCAGCAAAUGAUGGAGGGCCUGCCGCCCAAUGUUCACCUACCCCACGGUCUGGGCAUGGAAAUGAUUGCCACUGCCGCUGCUCCGCCUGCAACCACUCCUGCCACGCCCGCCACAACGCCAAUACCCACGCCUUUGCCCACCUCCGCCACAACAGAAGAUUCCCUUUUGGAAGACGAUGAUGACAUGCUGAUCACUACCACUAGCUCCACAGAAUCAUCCGCGUGACUCUGACAACCUGGCGAAGUUCUUUUCGUUUAAAUUCCAUAUGACUGUGAUGACAUUUUUAACAAUUUACCGAUCGCAGCAUCGCCAGGACAUCCAGCUGGAGAAACCUUUCCGGUGCUUCCACUCAGGCACGCCCCGCCUAGAGGCGCAAUCCAUUCCCAUGCAUCCAACAAUCAUUUUCACACAGAUCACCAAUUUUGUUGUUCGGCAGCAAGUUUCGGUCAACUUUUUAACCAGAAUUGUUGAAAUCGCCUUCUGUGCUACUCUUAAUACUAU